AUGCAGCCUUGGAAUACAAUACUUUCUCUGAACAUGGGAAGACGAUCGAUGCCGUUAUCUUUGUUCCGUUGCUUCUCCUGUUAUCUAAAUGGCGGGCAGAAUAUGCAGUGAAGCAAGGAAGCGUGUUGCCGUGGCCCUCUCGGGAACGAAAAAAUCAGCAGUAGCCGCACGAGUUCUUCAAGAAAGGGGCUACGAUGUGUUCGGUGUUCACAUGCUGGCUUGGAACGAACCAGACGCCAGGGGCUCAUAUCUCGGCGAAAAGCAAUGGCGUGCAGUGCAGGCCAUAAGCAAACACCUGGGAAUGGAAUGCUUUCAGAUCGAUUGUGUAAAACUGUACUGGAAUGAGGUCUUCACGCCUGCAAUUGAGGGCUAUAGCAGAGGAAUCAGCCUAAAUCCAGAUCUAAUGAUGAACAGAGAAAUCUUUUUCGGUCCUAUGCUGGAGCGCUGCGUGAAACAAUAUGGAGCUGACUACCUGGCAAUUGGUGCUUGUGCUGUGGUUCGUGUAGAUCCAGCCGGAGAUGGGCAACAGGUUCAGUUGCUGUGCCCUGCUGAUAGCAGGAUGUCCGACGAUGCUUACUGGCUUUCACAAAUUCCGCAAUUAGCGAUGCAACGAGCUCUGCUACCGCUUGGCAACAUGUCGUUGGACGACAUCGAUAAAGUAUUCGUAGAGUCGGGGCUUUCAAAAGUUGCCAUUGGACGCAAGGUCCGGGGAUUUUCGGGCAUCGGUGUGCGUAACUUCCGUGCCCUGAUGUCCGAGUAUAUUGGAGAUCGACCAGGGCCCAUAGCGUUACUGAAUGGCGAGGUUGUGGGUGCACAUCGUGGAGUGCACUAUUUCACGGAGGGGCAGACGAUCAGUUUCGUUUGGCGAUCGGAGUGGCCGAGGCCAAAAGGUUCCUCCCGAUACUUUGUUAGUCGCCGUGAUGCGAGUACCCGUACACUGUUUGUGGCCGACGGUUACGAGAAUCCUGCGUUUUACUCUGAAGACCUUAUUGUUCGAAACCUGCACUGGGUUAGUGGAGAGCCUCCGGCUGGCCUGUCUAAAGAUCGGCCUAUAACUCUUGGCAUGAAGAAUCGCCACUCAGUCGAUAAGAUCACGGCUCGCGUCCUGGAGUGCCCGAAAUCUGUUGCUGGCAACCAGCGGCUGUUGAUGACUGUGUCAACGGCAAUACGCGGCGUCAAUCCCGGCCAAAUCUGCUCCAUCUACGAUGGCGACGUGUGUCUUGGCGGUGGUCCUGUCCACAACUGUCGCACGCAGAGUCCGAAGCAACCACCACUCGUGCCGGAUGCGUUGCCACGUCCUGUAUCUCUUUUCGACGAGUGACGCAGUUCCGACUUUGGCGGACGUCUGUCCUCACGCAGAGUCUGAAGCAACCACCGCUCGUGUCAGAUGCGUUGCCACAUCCUGUAUCUCUCUUCGACGAGUGAUGUGGUUCCGACUUUGGCGGACGCUUGUCCGUGUUGGUUUGGCAAUGGCAAGGAUGCUGAUUAGCUCUAGAAACUGGAACUGGCUCCUGCCAAUCUGUGUGCAUUCCGAAUGAUGCAAAGCUGGGAAUUUUCCCAGGCUACUCACCUGUAGUGAAAAUCUCGGCAACCAGUCAUAGAUGUGAAUGGCUCGGAUACGUUCCUGCUUUCAAAGCACUUUGGAACUGUUCCGACGACUGAAAUAUUCCGCUCACUCGCACGACGUGUGCACCAGGAACGGAGAAUGAGUGUGGCCUUCCACUGCUGCACGGAUAGGCAUGCACUGUAGCCCAGCGGAGCGAGAGUGUCGGAUCACAGCGGUGUGAAAUGUCUUCAGGACUAGUGCCAUGACUAAGUGGGUAUUCCCCACCUCGUUCGCUCACCGUGCCCUAUGGGUGAGCAAUACUAGUAUGCACUGCUAGCUUUUGCACGGGUUAGGAACACUUUUGUUAGUGUCUUUCUCGUCUCAACUGUUCGGCCUGUACCGUUCCGGGUACUAUAGUCUAUAGUGUACACCUUAGCCGUCAUUUCCCAAUCUUCACGCACGCUCACUGAGUUAGAACUGGCUGCGCCACGCCUGGAUAGGAGGAUGCAGACUUGCCAGUUAGUUCCAACAGAAAGGGCGCCGGCGCCUUGGAACCUAUCGGGUCCACCCAGGCAAUUUCUGAUUUCCUUCAGCACCUCGGUCAGUCCGUUUACUCCAAUAGCCAGUCACAUGUGAAGUGUUGUCUUACACAUGUACUGCUUCUUAUCGAUGUCACACUCAUCGUCCUACACACAUGAUUGAUUUCACAUCCUCUGAUAAAUUAUUAUAUUCGUUGACUCCUUUCAAAGCAUUAGCCAUUCAAGAUUGGCUUGUUGAGUGCUAAGAAGAGGUUGGUGCGAUUAUUGAGUGCUGUGCAUAAUAAUACUUCAGUAAUAAUAAUUCUAGUCAAGAUAUUUGUAAGAAAUGGUUUGCUCCCCACACCGGAGCUCAAGAUAUUAUUAUUUCAUUCCCUUUCACGCUAUGCUAGCUGGAUUCUAGCUGAGCUGGGAUCAAAUUUGUUGCUUUUUCUUGCUUUAAAAAUAGAUUUAAUGUUCGAAUUUUUAUGCGAGGCACUCACAUUUUCCUGGGUAGUUUGUAUCGUCUGUGAAGUAGUCCUUGCUGAGUAGAUUUUAAUGCAUCACCACUAGUAUUGAUGAGCAGGGCCAUAUUUAUUUUUAUGGUCUGUGGAUGGCAUUGCA